CAUUCUCUCUCUCUCUUUCUGAAUUCAGAAAACCCAAUUUCCGAAUUCCGCUAUGAAUUAACCUCAUCAGCUCAAAUUCACCAGAAAAAUAAAAACCCAGAUUUCCAAUUCAAGCAUGGCGGAAAACGCAGUGUCGUCCCCGAAACCCCUCCAGACCCCGAACCCCAACGGAGACCCAAAUACAAAUACGACAACGGCGACGCCAUCAACGACAGCCAAUGUGACGAACAACGCCAUGAAUUUGCAGAACUCCUCGAUGAACCCGCAAAUCCCUUCCCCUUCGGCCCUCUCCCAAUCCCCUCAAAUCUCGUCCCCUCCUCUUCCGCAGCAAAUUCCGCCGGCCGUCGGAUUAGAUUACCAACAGUCGAAGCAAUCUCAGCCGUUGGUCCAGCAAACAUCGCAGAAUGUGAACCUCUCGAUGUCCAAUUACCAGCUCCAGCAGUGCCUCCAGAGGUCUCCGUCGAUGUCGAGAAUGAACCAAAUUCAGCAGCAGCAGCAGCCGCAGAGUCCGCAGCAUAUGGGGGUCAAUGUGAUGAGGCAACAGGCGGGCUUGUACGGCCAGAUGAAUUUCGGUGGGUCCCCUGUGAUUCAGCAGCAGAGUAAUCAGCAGCCACAGCAGCCGCAGCAGCAGCAGAAUCAGCAGCAGCAGCAACAGCAGAAUAAUCAAAUCAGCGCCGCCGCUGCCGCCGCGAAUUUGUCGCGGUCGGCUUUGAUCGGCCAGAGUGGCCACUUGCCCGUGUUGUCCAGCGCCGCGGCCGUGCAGUUCAAUUUGCAGAACCAGCUUCUCACCUCGCCAAGGCACAAAGCUGCAUUAGUACAAGGGUCCCAGUUCCAUCCAGGUAAUUCCGCUGGGCAAACCUUGCAAGGAAUGCAAGCAAUGGGGAUGUUGGGAUUGAGCUCACAAAUAAGGUCUAAUGGGGCUCUCGCCUCUUACGCUCAGCAGCGAAUAAAUCAGGGCCAGCUGAGGCAGCAAUUAUCACAACAAAACGCGCUUAACUCUUCACAGGUUCAAAGCUUACCAAGGACGUCAUCACUUGCAUAUUUGAACCCUCAGCUAUCUGGGUUGUCUCAGAAUGGACAGCCAGCUAUGAUGCAGAACUCAUUGUCACAGCAGUGGUUGAAGCAAAUGCCAUCAAUAUCUGGCCCUGGCUCACCUUCAUUCCGUCUGCAACAGCAGAGGCAGCAACAGGUUCUCUUGCAGCAGCAAUUGGCCUCAUCGUCUCAGUUGCACCAAAGUUCCAUAGCCCUAAACCCGCAACAGUUAUCGCAGAUUGCACAGCAGCAGCAGUCACCAAUGGGGCAUCCGCAGUUGCAUCAGCAACAGCAGCAACCGCAACAACUGUCACAGCAACAGUUACAGCAACAGCCACAGCAACUACAGCAGCUGCAACAGCAACAAUCACAACAACAACCUCCCAUGCAUAUGCAACAGCAGCAUUCCCCUAGGGUUCAUGGGCCCUCAGGCCAAAAGUCUCUUAGUUUAACAGGAUCACAACCCGAUGCUACUGCAUCCGGAACAACUACACCAGGGGGGAGUUCAAGCCAAGGAACAGAAGCGACUAAUCAGCUUCUUGGAAAGAGAAAGAUACAAGAUUUAGUCUCACAGGUGGAUUCACAGGGAAAAUUGGAUCCUGAAGUUGAAGACCUCCUUUUGGAGAUUGCUGAUGAUUUCAUUGACUCUGUGACAGCAUUUGCGUGUAGCUUGGCAAAGCAUAGAAAAUCUUCAACUCUAGAGUCAAAGGAUUUAUUGCUACACUUAGAAAAGAACUGGCAGUUGACUAUUCCAGGAUUUGAAGAGCAGAAGCACCAAAACAAACUUUUGUCAAGUGAUGUCCACAAGAAACGUUUAGACUUGGUAAGAACGCUAAUGGAAUCCUCACAGUCCGAAGCAAAUACAGCUAAUCGUAAAGAGAUGAUUAGUAGACAAGGGCUUGGCAACCCAGUUGGGACCAACCACGUGAUAAGGCCUUCCCUGAGUUCAGAGCAGUUGAUUUCACAGUCAACUGGUUCUCAAAUGCUGCAACAAAUGACACGGUUUUAAUCAGCUAGUUUGUAUUUCAUUUGGUCUUCUUGCUGAUUGAAUAUAAUGCCUGGACCUCCUUGGUUCUUUUGUCCAAGAAGAAAAAACCUAUAUUAGAUUGAUGAAAGCACAAAGCUGUAAUUACUAAUUUUUAUCCUUUUUGAGUGUUUAAGAUUUAAGACAUGGAAUUGCCAGGCAAAUAGCAGUUGCCCACCUUCAAAAGCCUUUUUUAAUAUUGUAUGAUCAGUUGGUUGGGCGCAAAGUGCCAUUUGAUGGGCUCAUGUCUCCUGCAGUAGAGCUUAUGUUGGGUGGGCUUUGUAAUCUAAUUUAUUUGUUGGGUUAAUGAUAUGAAGUAUUAGUGUUCACUUUAAAGACAAUUUCAUUUUAUUAUAAGAUUGAUUAUCAUGUGUAUUAUAACACACAACUUCGAAAAAAGAAUGAUUAGAAAUUUGAAA